UACUGGGUGAUGUGGAUGUGUGUGCGCUCCAGAAUUCAAGUUGCCAGAAGCGGGGGGGAUAGAUAAGAAGACGCAGAGAAACAAUGGAAACGUGAGCUUCAGAGAAUAAAUAAGCUUAUAAAUUCAUCAGCAAUUCAGACAAAGAGUCGCAAUGGCGGAGUAUGAUCCCAGCGAGCGCACCCCUCUGAACAGUCCUGUAUCCCAAGAGAGGGACAAUCCGGAGGCGUCGGUGAACUAUGAUCGGACUAGGCAUACGAUUAAAGUGAAUCCGGGAGGGGCGGUGAGGGUCCCGGUGACAGGAGAGAACGCUCUCACCGAGCUGGAUUUACAGGGGUCCGGGGAGAAGGAGCUGUUGCUGGCGGGACCUGUGGGGUCCUCCACGAAGAGGGCGAGAAGGACCAGGCUCAGUUCAUUGUCAAUGACAGAUAAAGAAAACUUCUUUACCGCAGGUAGCAUUGGUGGCACUGGAGAGCUCAACUCCUUUCCAGAGGACCCUGAGUUUUCUGAGAUCAUCCAGAAAGCCGAGCAGGCUAUUGAGAGUGGGCUUUUCCCUGAGAGGAUUUCCCACGGUUCGAGCGGCAGCUACUUUGUUAAGGAUUCCAAAGGGAAUAUUAUUGGAGUAUUCAAACCAAAAUCUGAAGAGCCUUAUGGACAUCUGAACCCAAAAUGGACCAAAUACUUCCACAAGACCUGCUGCCCCUGUUGCUUUGGAAGGGGAUGUCUGGUUCCUAACCAAGGCUACCUGUCGGAAGCGGCUGCCUCCCUUGUAGACCAAAAGCUGGGUCUGGGAAUUGUACCCAAAACUAAGGAGGUAUUCCUGGUUAGUGAAACAUUUCACUACAGUGCAAUAGAUCGUGCAAAAUCAAGAGGGAAAAAGUAUGCUUUGGAAAAAGUGCCCCAGGUUGGUCGAAGAUUUCAUCGGGUUGGAUUGCCUCCUAAGGUUGGCUCUUUCCAGCUGUUUGUUGAAGGCUACAAGGAAGCAGAUUUCUGGUUAAGGAAGUUUGAGACUGAACCCCUACCAGAGAACACCAGGAAACAACUACAGUCUCAGUUUGAGAGACUGGUGGUCUUGGAUUAUGUCAUUCGGAACACUGACAGAGGCAGUGACAACUGGUUAGUGAAGUACGAGAAACCAGAGGACACACCCAAAGCCUCUGAAAAGGACACAGAGUGGGCAGUGAACAAAGACCCUGCCAUCAAAAUAGCUGCUAUAGACAAUGGACUGGCAUUUCCCUUUAAGCAUCCAGAUGAGUGGAGGGCCUAUCCGUUUCACUGGGCAUCGCUUCCACAGGCUAAAGCUCCUUUUUCUCAGGAAACCAGAGAUUUGGUUCUGUCCCGAAUCUCGGACUUGAAUUUUGUGCAGGACCUUAGCGAGGACCUAUAUGAGAUGUUUAAGGCAGACAAAGGGUUUGACAAAGCUACAUUUGAAAAACAGAUGUCUGUAAUGAGAGGACAGAUUUUAAAUCUCACUCAAGCUUUAAAAGAUGCAAAGAGUCCCCUGCAGCUGGUUCAGAUGCCCCGUGUGGUAGUGGAGAGGAGCCGCAGCGGAAGCCAAGGCCGUAUUGUCAAUCUGGGCAGUGUCUUCACACAGACUUUCCACUGCAAGAGACCCUUCUUCUCUUCUUGGUAGACCUCCCUAGAUAAACUUCCAGGAACUCUGCCAGGACAGCAGGGACAAGCCUAUUUGCUGGACCGGCAUUGAGAUUGAAGCCGAAUGGAUUAGGAGAAGAGAAUCUUUGCGUUUUCUACAGACGGUAAAAGCAAACUACAUCCAAAAUAAUACUAAAGCAAAUGUCAACUUGAAUAUUCGCAAAGGUGUUUUUGAAUGUAACUGCAAGUUUACAGACAUUUUUCUCUCAAAUAAAAUAAAAAAAUAAUUAAAUGAUAUAUCAUGUGUCCAUUGGAGCACUGCAACUGUUAAAGUAUUUUUAUACAAUACAUGUAGUCUGAUAUAUAUAAUUUAAAUAUUAGAUUCUUACUAUGGGUGUUUUUCCUGUCAUUUUAUACAUGAUCACCCAUUUUGCCAACUUUGGUUCUCUGUAUAUUUUGAAGUGUAAAUGAUUUUGCAGAAAUCUUUUGAUUGUAAAACCUGUUGGGGUAAUUUUCAGAUGUAACUAAAAAAAUGAAAGAAAUAAAUCAAUAUAAGAA